CUGGAUUUAAACACAUUUAUUAUCUGGUGGGUACAACUCUCACAUCCUCGGAAAACAGUACAUAACACUGCUACAUUUGGAAGAAACGCAAGGAAAACGGAUGUGAUAUCUUUGAAUUCAUUCCUAAUAAUGAUGUUGGGAUUUAUUAUCCUGUUGUUUUGCAGUGCAUUGGUUAUUCCUCAAAAUAAUGCUAUGAAAGGCCUUGGCGGUGUUCAUCCUCCAUAUUAUAGUCGGAGUUUAAAUCCAUCCUUUCGUUCCAUGCUGUCAUGGCCUUCCAUACCUUCUCAAGCAAAUCUUCAAUCAACAUUUCUGGAGAUAAUGGAACGGGUUGCCACUCUGCUGAAACAGUUACUGCCUUUCGCGAAUAUCUUACUGAAUCAGAUCUCACGAAUUCUGCAGUCGGCAAUAUCCGGUCUGAGAGAAAUUACAGGAAAGGUGGUUUCACUUCUCAACGUGAUGCUUCCGGACUGGAGAAAUGUUCUACGUGAAUUGUUGGAAAUCCUACAAAAGCUGAUCACUGAGUACCUGCCAGAACUGCCACCAUUGGUGAAGGAGGUUUUAAAUUUAGUCGAAAUGUUACUGAAUUCAUUGCUUGGCAUAAAACUUUGUGAUGUUUCUCAAAUCUCUGAGAGAAAUCCGCCAAAACUACGAUACUAAGAUAAUUCAGUGAAGGCGAAUGAAACAUCAUUUGCACAGGGAACAUGUCUGUAUCUCUAGACAUGUUUAUUGUAAUUGAAACGCAUGUUUAGACAUGUUUAUUGUAACUUAUACGCAUGAUUAGACAUGUUUAUUGU